AUGGACGAAGACGGAGAGAAACGUGUUCGUACCAAACGAUUAUGUUCUCCAGAAUCUUCGGACAAAAAAUCUGGUUAUGAAGUUGAUUGGGUAAGAGAUUUGCCAGAAUCUUUGAUUUGUCAUGUUCUCUUGAAUCUUUCGACAAAAGAUGUGAUUAAAAAUUGUGUCUUAUCCACGAAAUGGAGAUAUCUGUGGAGGUAUGUUCCUGGUUUGGAUUUGGAUUGUAGUGAUUUCACCGAAUACAAUACUUUUGUGAGUUUUGUGGAUAGGUUUCUGAGUACCAACACUGAGUCGUACUUAAAUAAGUUUAAGUUAGGAUUCGAUUGCGAUCUUGUUGGGGAUGAGGAGACUGGUAAUGCUCAAAUGGCGCGGUGGAUCAACGAUGUUGUCAAACGGAAAGUUCAGCAUCUCGAUCUUGAGUGGGGUGCAUUGGAAAUACCUCCAAUAGUUUACGUGUGUAAGAGUUUGGUAUCUUUAAAGCUUUGUGGUGUAAUCUUACCAAUUCCUGAGUUUGUUUGUUUACCGUCUGUGAAAGUUAUAGUUCUAGAUUGGGUUAAGUUUGCAAAUGAUUUGGCUUUGGAAAUGCUUAUCUCAGGCUGCCUAGUUCUCAAAAGCUUAACGUUAUGCAGAAGUAACAAUGACAAUGUAAAAGUGUUACGUGUGAGAUCUCAGUCUCUAUUGAGCUUCAACUAUAAUGGCCCCAAUACCAUGGGUCCUGAAUAUGAGGAACUAAUAGUUGAAAUUGAUACUCCCAAGCUUCAAGAUCUAACGCUCUCUCACCGUAUGACUGCAAGUUUCAUAAUAAAGAAUCGGAGUUCUCUUGUAGGGGCACAUAUCAAUAUUGAGUUUAACUUUUGUUUUGGAGAGAAGUUUGAUCCGAAGAAUCUACCAAAGAGAGAAAUGAUUCGUAAUUUUCUUGUCGGGAUCUCUGGUGUUAAAAAUAUGGCCAUCGCUGCAUGUACACUUGAGGUCAUUUAUGAUUACUCAAGAUGUGAACCACUGCCCUUAUUUCGUAACCUAUGUCUCUUGAGUGUUGAGUUCUAUGAGGACAGAUGGGAAAUGUUGCCAUUCUUUCUUGAGAGCUGCCCGAAUCUAAAAUCUCUUGUCGUGGGAUCUAAUAGAUAUAGAAUGGAGAGAACUAGUAUCAUAUCAGGACAUCGAUGUCUCUUAUCAUCUCUCGAGUAUGUUGAGAUAGAAACCCCAUUGACAGGGGAGGUCUUUGAGAUGAAACUUGUGAGUUACUUACUUGAGAACUCACCAAUCCUCAAGAAACUCACUAUACAUUUGCAUGAUAAUUCUAGAAAGAAAGCAGAAUGUGAAAUCCUUACCAUUCCAAGACGCUCUAGCUCAUGCCAAGUUAUCCUUCUCUGAUUCACGUUGACGAACAUACUGUGAACUCUGUUGUCUUUCGGUACUUUUACUACUAUGAACUAUGUUGUGUUGUAGAUCUGUAAGAAGAUCAUAUGUUUGUCUUAAAUAUUUCAAUUGAACCAAAAAUGUAAU